AUGGAAAAAAAUAUUAAGUCACUCUUAUUUAUUAAUGUUGCUUCUUUUAUCUUUUUAAUUUGUAUAUGGAAUUUCACCAAUGAUAUGUGUUUGCUUAAUAAAUGUUUGGAUGAGUACCGUAAUCAUGAUAAAAAAUUAUGUAGAAAAACAUUCCGAUUACUAGCAAACUGUAAAGGAGAUAAUUAUUCAGCUAUGAUAGGAUUAAAAAAAGAGAUGCCAAAUAAUACUGUGAAGGAAAAAAAGGACAUCUAUAUUUAUGAGAAUGAAUCUAAAAAGGAAAUGAAACAAACAAAUAGAAAUUUAUUAAGUACAUAUGUAGAGAACAAACAAGAUAUGAAAAAUAAAUCAUGUAUAUUUGAAACAAGAAAAUAUUCUCGUUUGGAAAAAAAAAUAUUCAAAGAACUUGAUUAUGAAUAUUUCCUUAAAAAUAACAGAACUAUUAGUGAUAAGUUGUACAAAAAAAUAAUGAGAAAAAAAUGCGGAAAGCGAUUUUCUUUACCUUUAUUAUUGUUAUCGUUAUUAUUAGUAUCACUCAUUUUAGAUUUAUCUUGUGGUUUUGGACUUGUACGAGGAUUGUAUGAGGUAAUAUUUCAUUUUUCGUCUCCAGUUUCAACAACAUUCGGGACUAGAGUAAAUAUAGUUAUUUCUCCGAUCAUACGAUCUUUAUAUGAUUCUUUGACUAAUUCUCCUUUUAAAUGGUUGUUCGAUAAUAUAGUGUAUAUAGAAGAGAAAAAGCGGCAUGUGAACUAUUGUGUAUCAAAUUUUUUUUCCUUCAUAAUAUAUGUCAUACCAUUUAUUAUAUUAGGUGUCACACUCAUAUUAGCGCUAGUUUAUUAUCAUAAAAAAGUUAAAAAAUUUGAAAAAAUUAAGUUCAGAAAAAGAUAA